AAGAAAUGUAGUUGUCAAAUAACAAUCUUGUAAAAAAAUAUGUUGAGGAAGACUGGAAAAUGAUUUUAUUCAAGGAAUUUUUUUAUAUUGAAAUUGAUCCAAUUGUAAUUAAGUUAUUAUUUAUGAACUAACGAUCUACAUUUCAGUUUCGUGUUUCAAUAACGAUGUCAUUGUCGUUUCUUUAAAUACUAUAGGAAGUUCUUAAAUAAAAUACCAAAAUGAGUAAACACAUGUAUUCUACUGCAAAUCUUUCGGAUAAAGAGCUCAAAGAGCAAGGUAAUAGAAUGUUUAGUAUGAGAAAAUACGAGGAAGCUAUAAACUGUUACAGUAAAGCUAUUAUCAAAAAACCAGAUGUUCCUCAUUAUUUUACCAAUAGGGCUCUUUGCCAUUUGAAAUUGUCAAGAUGGAUGGAUGCUUGUACAGAUUGUAGGAGAGCUUUAGAUAUGGACUCAUGCCUAGUUAAGGGUCAUUUUUUUUUAGGACAAGCUUUACUAGAAUUAGAAAGCUACGAUGAAUCAAUAAAACAUUUACAAAGAGCUUCCGACUUGGCAAAAGAACAAAAAAUGAAUUUUGGGGACGACAUAGCUUCACAAUUGAGAUCAGCUCGUAAAAAAAGGUUUUCAAUACAGGAAGAAAAACGAAUUGCUCAAGAAAUUGAAAUGCAGACAUAUCUAACUAGAUUAAUAGAAGAUGAUAAGGAAAAAGAGAUCAGUAAAAUAAAAUGUGAUGAUGAUAUCAGAAGUGAUGAAAAAGAAAUUUUGAUCAAUGAAGCAGAAGAAAGAGCUGAAAAAUUCACAAACGAACUGAAUAAUUUACUGAGUAAGGUAGAUGAAAGACGAAGAAAAAGGGAGGUACCAGAUUAUUUAUGUGGCAAAAUUAGUUUUGAAAUAUUACAAGAGCCUGUAAUAACACCUAGUGGAAUAACUUAUGAUAAAAAAGAUCUAGAAGAGCAUCUCCAGAGGGUGGGACACUUUGAUCCUGUUACAAGGGUUAAAUUGACGCAGGAUCAGUUGAUACCGAACUUUGCCAUGAAGGAAGUAGUUGAUGCGUUUCUGACAGAUAAUGAGUGGGCUUUAGAGUAUUAGUAUUUUACUAUUUUUAUUCACUUCCUAUUAGAUGUAAAAACAUUGAAUUACAUGGUUUAUUUCAAUGUGAUUUGAAAUGUAAGCUUAGUUUAUAUUUAUGUUAUGGUUUCUAUUCAAAUUAUUGCUUGAUUUUUUUUUAGCUUAUUUAAUAUUGUAGACUUAUAACAGUUGUUGAAUUUUACUAAAAUAUUGCAAUAAACAAUUUUGUGAUUC